AGAGAAAAAUAUAGUCUAGACCAGGAGUGGGCACGUAUGAGGUCAAUGAAAUAGUCGUAUGUCGGUUUUUAUAGAUUGUCAAGAGCUACACCGUAUUUUAUAUGUUAAAUUUUAUAAAAAUAUCUGUCACAUUAAAGUUGUUGUGCAAUGAAAAAAAAAUAUGAAAUAAUAAAAAUAAAAUCGGAUUUCAAUGGGAGCCGCACUUAACUUAUCUAAGGGUCGCAUUUGCCCACCGUUGGUCUAGACUCUAGAGUCCGGACAUAUGGUGUAUUGUAAACGCCUGCGCGAAGGAACGGUGGCACACGACCGGUUCACUUCACCAGCGAUUUUUCAUUCUCAGUCGUCGAUAGAAAAGGCCGGCGGUGAAUGCGUUUCGUUAUAUUUUGUCGUUGCGUUUCGCAUAAUGUCGCGCGUAUCUUUGCUUUCUACGUUUCCGUUUGCGCUUAACCACCCUCUUUUCGCUUGUUCGUUUGUCAACGACAAAGCAUGCGAGGAAGAAUGAUCAAUCGUUUCCUGUAAAAAACGAAAACGAAAACGAUAUAAAUCAACAAUGAACGCGAUGGCAAAUGUGUAUGAGGAGACAAACUGGAACGAGGGUAAUUCGAGUCGUUCAAGCGUCGAGGGCGACGUGAUAUCCAACCCUAUGGUGCAAAUUAUUUUUUCUAUUCUUUACGCGAGCAUCUUUAUUUCGGGAGUGUUCGGUAACGCGUUAGUGUGUUUCGUGGUAGCGCGAAGUCGUCAAAUGCAGACCGUAACGAAUCUAUUCAUCACAAAUUUAGCACUGAGUGACGUGUUACUCUGUGUUCUUGCGGUACCGUUCACGCCUCUUUACACGUUUCUUGGCAGUUGGGUAUUCGGCAGAACCCUUUGUCAUUUGGUCCCGUACGCUCAAGGUGUCAGCGUGUACACGAGCACACUGACCUUGACAAGUAUCGCGAUCGACAGAUUCAUGGUAAUCAUAUACCCGUUGCAGCCUCGUAUGAAAAUCGAAGUUUGUCUAGCCGUGAUCUUUGGCAUUUGGACAGUGGCUCUGCUGGUCACUCUGCCGUACGGGCUUUACAUGCACCUGGAAGAACCGCACACAUAUUGCGAAGAGCACUGGCCGAGCGAAAGAUUUCGCAAAAUCUUUAGCUCCGUUACUUCGAUGCUUCAAUUCCUCUUACCCUUCUUAGUGAUCGCUUUUUGUUAUACUCGUGUUUCGAUCAAACUAAGGGAUCGAGCCAGAUCGAAACCCGGUGCCAAAUCCGAUAAGAAAGAGAAAGCUGACAGAGAAAGAAAGAAACGAACGAAUCGAAUGUUGAUAGCCAUGGUCACAAUAUUCGGUAUUUCUUGGUUACCGCUGAACAUUGUCAACGUCGUCGACGACUUUUAUUCACUGGCCGACGAUUGGACCUACUACAGACUUUGCUUUUUUAUGACGCAUUGUCUUGCAAUGAGCAGCACCUGCUACAAUCCGUUUCUUUACGCUUGGCUCAACGAUAACUUUCGCAAAGAGUUUAAACAAGUACUUCCAUUUUUUCCGAGAACCGUUGACGGGCACAGUCCAAGAAGCGCCGAAGGAUUUGGGAACGAUAAAACCUGUAAUGGUAACAACACCUUUCAGGAAUCGUUGCUAACGAGUCAGACUCGAAGCAAAGAACCCAUUCAGGAGGGCUGCGAAUUAAUCAUUUUCGGUGAAAUCGCUACUAACGUAUCCAGAGAGUUCGAAGAAGAAACUGUGACACCCUGUUGAAUACAGGCAAUAUAAUUUUUCGAUUCCUGGUAUGAUUCAUCAAAGAUCUGAACGAUGGACGGAUUGAUACUUUUCUCGUUCGUGCUUCGAAUUUAUUUACCCUGCGAAAAAGUGCAAGAAAGUGGAAAAAAGUAAUAAAAAUCACUCGAGAAACCAAUGAAUGUUGUAGAUAUGAUAACAAUCUCGCAAGAAUCAUCGAGCAUUCCCGAGGGCGACUUUUUUCCCCUUCGGUCCGGCUCCGAUUUCAGUUCUACAAUAACUGCUCAUUAUCCUGGCAAAUGAUUGCGGUAACCCGAGUCUACCACGGAAGGAACGAGACGCUGGUCUAGAGAUAAAUGUGCCAGGGGGAGAAAGAAUGGGAUACUGACUAGAACAGAGGGAAUAAAAAUAAACCACAAUUAGUACAUUUCCAAGACAGAAAAAUUGAUCGAUACGAAUCAUAAGAAUUCCUGAUUUAGAAAUUCGAUACUCCUUUUCUUCUAAACAUUUACAUUUUCAUUUCAAAUUCAUCACGAAGGAAAGAAGAAAUGAACGAAUCUAAAAACAUGUUGGUAUUUUUAUUAACAUUUUUACACAUUUGAAUAGUUACAUAGCAGAUUGAAAUCCGCCUUUCUUUUAUACAAAGAUAAAUACAAUAUGUACUUUAACAGCAAUGAAUACGACUACGUGUGCGACGUAUUCUCUUCAAAACAUCUUUAUUCGGUAAACAAUAACUCUCUUUCUUUCUUUCCUGUUCACUUCCGAGUCUCAAUGACUCGUGUUUAUGUCCGUAUUCGUGUCCAUAUUCUGGUAUGUACACAUAUCUUUACUUGACACACGCCCGAUUAUCAUCAUCAUAACAUGAUUAAAAAUACGCAUGUAACCGAUACAAUAAAUAUCUGUUGAUAUUUUGUUAAUAUAUACAAACGCAUACAUAUAAAUAUUAGUACUUAAACAUUUUAGUCGAGUUUCUGAAAUUAGGUUUAUAUUCGAGUUGAUUACAGUGUUUGCGUAUAUGUACACGUGCAUUUGACUGUUACAUCGCAUCAAAACUUACGUUCUUGUAAAGCAAUGAAAAUAUGCGAUAAUUUCACUAAUUUAUCGUCAUAAUCUGUAAUCAACUAUGAAUGAUAGACUAAUAUCAAAGGAAAUGUUCUUUAAUAAAUUCUGUAAUAAUUACUAAGGAUAAACAAAAUCAAUCGUAUUUUUAUGAUCUGACGACGUUUACGUUUAAGGUAUGAAUAAUGUAAAACGAAUCAUUCUAACAAAGGAAUCUGAAUUAUUAAGUAUACUUUCUAAAUUACUCGUGUUGCAAAUGUAUUGUGCGCGUACAAUUGCAUGGACCUCCCUCUAACAUUAGCACACUUACACUCGCUCUCUCGCUCUCUCCCUCACUCACACACGCACCCACGCAUACACACCCCUCUUUUAGUUACUCUAGCUCCUCCCUACCUUUCUUUGUUUUCUCUUUUGUUCAAUGUUAAAAUUAUUAAAAUGUUUAUUGAUAUAAAUAUACAAGCGAAUUUCAUCUAAGCCACAAUUUUAAUCGCAGAGCAUCCACACCAUUUAGGUAAUACCGAAAUAAUCGUUUAUCACGUACAAAGCCUAAAUUUUCGUACAAACGUAGCGCUGGACGAUUAGUGAUCUCAGUUUCCAAAACUACCUCGUCUGCAUUAUCUUCCAUCAUUGCUUGUAUCGCUCUCCUUACCAAAUUUGAUCCAACUUUCCGUUUUCGAUAUUUCACGUCAACAGCUAACAUAGCAAUGUAUCCACGUUUUAUUACCUCUCUAUGGAUAUCCAACUUGCAGACAAUGGCACCGAUACACUUGUCACCAUGCAUCGCCUUGAUGAACAAAAAGUAAGAAUUUUCUGUAAAUUCUACACCUGCAAGACAAAGGAAUCCAACGAAAACUGGCUAAAAGUUCUUACACUUUCUUCUUGCAUCAAGGUGAAUCACUUAUCUUAGAAAAUGUAUAGAUGCGAAAAAAACAACUUUCCAUACUAACAUCUUUCUAACAAGUUUAAUAUUUCGACAAGUAUACAUACCAAAAAACAUAAUUUAGGCCAAUUAUAAAUAAAGUAUCUAUAUGUGUAAAUGGAAUAUGGUUCGCUUAAAUCCUUUUGUAUCAAGUGCAUAAUAUGGGGCAUUUGCAAUUCACUUGUGUAGCUAACGUAUUGAAUGUUAUUGUCACUAUUUUCCGGAGACAACGUUUUUGCUUCCUCUAAACAAAUACAGAAGAAUAUUAUAAGAAUAAGUUAAUAGGAAUACAAUUCGUGUUACAUCUAUAAUUAAACCUUGAUCAUGUAAAUAUGCAAACUUCAAAAACUUCAUAAAGAAACUACUUUUGACUUGUUCAUGUAAUAUUUAAUAAUAAUUACGUCUUAUAAAUACCUCCUGCAAAAAUAAUAACAUUUAAAUACCAAUUUCUCAUACCU